CUAAUUCAAUAUUCAUGAGCCUCACGUGAGCCCUGCCCAUCAUCCAAGCGCCGUUGUUCCAGCGUUGACAUUUGUGGCAGAGCUGGCAUAGUUUGACGAAGACUGACGUCCGGUUUUCUGAUGGUUGCAACCAUGGCAACUUCUCGGCCUGACGUUAGUCUGCUGAACAAUGAGGCAGCUACCUUUCCUGUCACCACUGUGGGCACAUUGGGUACAGAUAGGAAGAUAACAUUUGGAGACCAACAACAAGCACCCAUCACACCACAAACAGCGCCACCUUCCACAGCAGUAGAGCCCAAACAAACUGCAGGUGAUACUCAAGUCAAUUUGGAUGGAGACAAGCGUGCAGUAUACAGGCAUCCUCUCUUCCCCUUGCUGGCCUUACUGUUUGAGAAAUGUGAGCAGGCCACCCAGACAACAGAGUGCCCAUCGUCUGCAAGUUUUGAUGUGGAUAUUGAGGCUUUUGUUCGACACCAAGAAGCAGACAGGAAGCCAUUCUUCAGUGAUGACCCAGAGUUGGACAGUCUGAUGGUGAAGGCCAUCCAGGUGCUGAGAAUCCACCUGUUAGAGCUGGAGAAGGUGAACGAGCUAUGUAAGGACUUCUGUAACCGCUACAUCACCUGUCUGAAGGGGAAGAUGCAGAGUGAGAACCUAUUGAGGACAGACCUGGCAUCCUUUCCAGGCACACAACAGCCGCAGGUGCAGCCGCAAGCACAAAUACCUACACAACAGGAUGGCCAGAUGACAGUGCAGCCACAGGUCUUGGUCACAGCAGUGACAAACGGCUCCACCUUGAAUACUGGGAUGGUACUGCAGACCGGCAUGGCACAGGGUGGACAGACUGUCAGCCUGGCUGCUGUCAACCAAGGUGCCAUGGUUGUGGCAGAUGGCACGCUGUACCAGCCUGUGACUAUGGUGGCAUCCCCCGCUGUUGUUGCACAUGGUGUACAACAGUCCUUACCAGCAACUGUACAGCUGCAGCCUGUAGCCCAGGCUGUUCAACAACAGCCACAGGUGAUAGCCACCAGCACGGCACACAUCAUCUCUGGCAGCACCCCGCUGUCACAGAUUGGUGUGCAAGCUCAACAAGGUGUACCACAGCAGCUGGCCUGUCCCCCCACACCCACUGCCACCAAUCCUGUGCCAUCAGCACACAGUCCCCAGGACUCCCCUAGUUCAGAAGACGACUUAAAAAGGCGAAAUGGGAAGCGGGGCAUUCUCCCUAAGCAGGCAACAGACGUCAUGAGGUCCUGGUUAUUUCAACAUAUUGUGCACCCAUACCCCACAGAGGAUGAAAAACGAGCAAUUGCCAACCAGACCAACCUGACACUGUUGCAAGUCAAUAAUUGGUUCAUAAAUGCUCGUAGAAGAAUACUACAGCCCAUGCUUGAUGCAACAAAUCCAGACCUUCUGCCCAAAGCUAAGAAGGCCAAACCCCAGCAUCGACCCACCCAGAGGUUCUGGCCUGACUCUCUCAUCACGUCCAUCCCACAACAGCAAGAUCAACAGUUAUCCACAGGGGAACAGGCACCAGGUGACUUGUUGGAUGCAGUUAGUACAGAGUCAGAACAAGUGGACAGUCUACAGAACAACCACUCAGUCACAAGUUCAACUGUCACAGAACAGAGCAAUGUCCUCUCUCAGAUGCUGAUAGGUCAUGGGUCAUCAUCUCCAUCCCUACAAGACAUGGCGUCUAACGGGGAGGAGACGUUGUUGGAAAGGGAGUCUGGGUCUGACGGUCUGCCCUCGGGAGGCUUGAGUAGUCUGGACGUGGAUAAUGCCACUGCUCCAGAUCUUUCUAACUAACAAACGUUUUCUAUGUACAGCCAUGUGUAAAUAAAUAUUAGUGUAUCUAAAACUAUUUACUGGUACAUGUGGUAGACUUUCCUGGUAACCACUGAUGAACCACUAACACUUAAAGAAGACAUGUCUGCUGUCUUAUUUUACUACGGACCUUUGACCUCCUGUCUGUAUGCUCCAAGCUGAUCUUUUAUUUCUUGUUUGUUGAAAUGACUGCCUCUACUUCGUCUGACUUGAACGUUCUGUAUUGGAGCUUCAUAUUCAGAAAGGGCAUUAAAUGUUGCCCUGUCUUUGUCUGAAUUGCCGUUAGUGGAGUAUCUCUGGAAUGACAUAGUGGGCAGAGUCUUCAUAUGUGAAUUCUUGUCAAUUCAGUUGGUAUGGAGGUUAUACUUCAGUCCAUGUGGUGUUAUGAUUAGACAUUGAACCAUUGUUGCCAAGUACAUGUACAUGUAGUAUGUGUAGGAUUUUGCACUCUGCCAAAUUUUUGAUAAAAUUUCAGUGAGUCAAUGAUAGGAGCUAUCAUUUGUAAGUUUAUAAUGUAUGAUGGCUUAACGCACAGCUAGCAAUAAAAAAAAUCAUAUGGCAAACAUGGUUUAAGAAGCAAUAUAAAUUGAUAAGUCUUCAUAAAAGAUGUGAGAUUGACAAACAUUUACAGUAUCAGUAGAAACAUUCUCCUGUUUUAUUUUUUCAUGUAUAGUAUGUUUACUAGGGUAUAAAACAUGUUGCAAGAUAAGAAAUUAUGAUCCCACUCAUUCCAGUAUUGUUGCUGAGGCAUUCAUGCAUACAAGCAUUUUUACAUGACCUGUAUUCUGAGAAUAUGUUGGAUAAACAUAUUGAUACAUAUAGAAAGAGGUCAUAGGUCAUUGAAAUUAGACUGUGCUGAGACAAACUUCCCUAACAACACUGUCCAACAAUGUGAAGCAUGCAAUGCUUCUCUUAAGUGAAAGAAUUAAGACAACAGACAAUACUUUUUAUAUGAAGUUGAAAAAUUGUAGGGUCGUGACUGUAUAUUCCAUUAUGUUGUCUUUAGUACCCUGCUUUUAUGUACUGUUUUGUUAGAAUUACGUUCAGUUAAGAAAAUGCCAUAUUGCUAUAUCUGCCAAAUCACACUUGUACAGCUCUAACAAAAAACAGUGAAUCUCUCAUCAAAUGAGUGUAUAAUGUAUAUGCAUUAUUACUAUUAUUGAACGUUAGGUAGGUUUUGACAAGUAUAACAUUAUAUGUAACAUAAUCACUGAUACAACCUGGCUAUGGUUUGGCCAGUAUGACAAAGUAUAAUGUUUUU